CGUUGGAUUUCCAUUGUUUUUUCCCUCGAAUCUUUUCGGUUCCGUGAAAUACCUAAAUGGAUAAUAAAUAAUUUUUACACCACGCAGAUGAGCCCAGAGUGUGAGGAACAAUGCUGGUCAUUUGGAAGAACAGGCUUCCUUUUCUCUUUUCGCCUGCAGGUGUAGAUUGCAAGUAGUUUGACAACAAUUGUUAAAACAAAGGACAUGAUGUCGAGCACAGACGGGCUGUUCGAGAGCAUGGGCGACCUCGUCAGCUGGUGCUGGGAAUACGCCACGGAGAUAUCCUGCCAGGUGCUCAUAGCGUUGACAGCCUACGUGGGGGUGUGCGUUUUUCUUUACUACCUGAUGAAACACGUGGACCACAGGGCCUGGCAAUUGCCAGGACCUCCUGCUAGGCUUCUGCUGGUCACUGCUCAUCCAGACGACGAGGUCAUGUUCUUUGGACCAAUGAUCUAUUGGCUUACCCAAUCUAGUCAAGUGUAUCUGCUCUGCAUGUCCAUAGGUGGCGAUAUGCAGAGGAAGGAAGAACUCUGGGCAUGUGCAAAGAGGCUGGGUAUUCCUGAGGCUAAUGUUACUAUAAUGAUGUGUACUGAGUUACCUGAUAAUCCUGCAGUCCAGUGGCCCGAAGAAAUAGUCGCUGAGACUGUCUUGCAUCACGUGGAAAGUUGUAAAAUCGACGCUGUGGUGACCUUCGACAAGCAUGGCGUCAGCAAGCACAAAAACCAUAUCUCUCUCUAUUUUGCCAUUGCUUCGUUGUGCAUUGAAAAGAAAGUACCCACAUAUUGUAAAUUGUAUACACUUGAGUCUGUAAAUAUUUUUCGUAAAUAUACGCAAUUGUUGGACCUGCCCGUCAGCUUACUAACAGCUUCUUACUGGUACCUGAUAACUUAUCAACAUCGACCUUAUAUUCAAAAUGCCAUGAAAGCCCACGAAUCGCAAUACGUGUGGUUCCGCAAGUUGUACAUGAUAUUUUCUCGAUACACUCUACUCAAUACUCUCCACGAAGUCAAUUUACUCGAUCUCGAGUUGGACCUUCAACUUGAUGAUGACGACUGAUGCUGUACAGACGUGUACAUCAACUCACAUUGUAUAUAUUUAGAUGAAUUCAUUUGUUUACCAAAAUCAUUGAAAAAAAAAAAAAAUUGAAUUGCUAUGUACGAUAUUCAAAAUUAACAAAUCUGUUAUUCUUUUAAAGAUUAAUUCAA